AUGCAUCUGGAUCUGUUCACGCAUGUCGGUCGGAAAGUCCGCUGUCCGAUACCCGAGAUGGAACUAGCAAUAAUAGUAGCAGCCUCGCUUAGAUGGGUUCACGGAUUGAUAGUGCAGAUGGAGAUCUUGUACGACCAUGCCUUACGUGGCCACCCCUCCAUUACCAUCUGUCUAAUCUGUGUCUCGCGUCAGGAAGUGGAGAAAGAAGACGGUGGUGUCUUUGUUGUUCUAGGUACCCUAGCCCUUUCUGGUUUGCUUUCCUAUCUCGUCGUUUAUACAUGCAUGCGUAUACAUUCAAUUAUCAAAGACGUCAUAGAUCCGAAAUCCGCGGAAUCUGGAGGCGCCAUGGAAAUUAGACGUGGCACACCAACACGUCAAAGUGUCCGUGUAAACGAGGGGUUUGAGUGCGAUUGGUGGAAAUCGUGGCGCGUUGCCGUCCAAGCGAGAGGCUGUUGUGAGCGGACUGAGAUCACUGGCGUUGUCGACGAGAUCUAUGUAGUUAGGCUGUCAGGGACAUGCAGGGAGAAAGUGUUUACAUCAGUGUUUGCUCUGGUAGCAGUAGUAGUGUGA